AUGUCUUCGCAACCGCCCCAUUCCACGUUACUGAUCCCCGGACCGGUGGAGUUCGACGAUGCCGUUCUCCAGUCCAUGUCCCAUUUCAGUGAAUCUCAUGUCGGCGCACCUUUCGUCGGCGUCUUUGGCGAAGCCCUGACGAUGCUCCGCAAGCUGUUCCAAACCUCUGACCCCGCUUCCCAGCCCUUUAUCAUCUCUGGCUCAGGCACUCUCGGCUGGGACCAAGUGGCAUCCAACCUGACGGAGCCGGGCGAGGAUGCCCUGGUCCUCCACACCGGGUAUUUCGGAGACUCGUUUGCCGACUGCUUCGAGACGUACGGCGUGCGCGCGACCCAGCUCAAGGCCGCGAUUGGAGACCGGCCGCAGCUGGAUGAGGUGGAGAAGGCGCUGAAGGAGCGAAAAUACAAGGUCAUCACGGUGACGCACGUCGAUACGUCGACGGGGGUGCUAAGUGAACUCAAGAACCUGUCGGAGACGGUGCACAGGGUCAGCCCCGAGACGCUGGUGGUGGUGGAUGGCGUGUGCAGUGUGGGAUGCGAGGAGAUUCGGUUCGACGAUUGGGGAAUUGAUGUGGUUCUGACCGCCAGUCAAAAAGCCAUCGGCUGCCCGGCGGGUUUGAGUAUCCUCAUGGCCUCCGGCCGCGCGAUCGAGACGUUCAAGAACCGGAAAUCUAGACCCUCCUCGUAUUUUGGGUCCUGGAAGAAUUGGCUGCCCGUUAUGCAAAAUUACGAAGCCAAGAAGCCAUCGUACUUCGCGACGCCGUCUCCCCAGCUCGUCCGCGCUCUGCACACGACGCUCACCCAGAUCCUUUCCAAGCCGCUUGAGGACCGAUAUGCGGCACACGCGGCAGCAUCCCGGAAGGUGAAGCAAGCGGUCGCCGAUAUGGGACUGAAGCAGAUCGCAUCCAAGCCGGAAAACCAGGCCAAUGCGAUGACCGCCAUCUACCUUCCCGAAGGAGUCAAACCCACCGAUGUGCUUCCCAAGCUCGGCCAAAAAGGUGUCGUCUUUGCCGGUGGUUUGCACAAGGAAAUCGCUACGAGGUACAUCCGAUUCGGUCAUAUGGGCGUCAGUGUCACGGACCCGGACCGAACGGAUAUCGACCACGCUAUCGAGGCGCUGAAGUCGAGUUUGUAG